AUGGCAUCCACAAGCGAUGAGAUUGAGGGAAAGGCUCCUCAAGUCGCUCAUGAGGACGUUGGCAAGUCACAGGCGGUUUCGUGGGAUAGCGAGACUGAGAAGAAGCUGAGGCGGAAAUGCAACGCGAGAAUCCAGGGAAUGGUGGAAGAUCUCAAUAUGACGGGCCACGACUACAACGUAGCGCUUUUCGUAUUCUUCGUGCCAUACAUACUUUUCGAGGUACCUAGCAACAUUAUUCUCAAACGGGUUGCUCCUUCCACGUGGCUCAGUAUCAUCAUGGUCUUGUGGGGUAUUGCUACCGUUGGCCAAGGCCUGGUCAAUAACGUCGGUGGCCUGAUUGCCUGUCGGUUUCUGUUGGGGCUCUUCGAGGCCGGUGUCUUCCCCGGUAAUUAUGGAGCCCUGAUGCAUAUGUACUACCCCCGAUUCGAGCUGCAAUGGCGCCUCUCGCUGUUCUUCUCCGCGAGCAUCAUGGCAGGUGCGGUCUCUGGCCUCCUGGCUUAUGCUAUCGCCAAUAUGCGUGACGUUGGGGGUUACAACGCGUGGAGAUGGAUCUUCCUUAUCGAAGGGCUGGCGACAGUAGUCAUUGGGGCCGCAUCAAAGUUCUUUACAGCAGACUGGCCUGAGACAGCCAAGUUCCUCAAUGACGACGAGCGAAAGAUCCUGAUUGCUCGACUUGCACAAGAUAGGGGCGAAGCAAAAAUGGAUCACCUAGACAGAAGAGCGGGAAAGCGCAUCUUCAGUGACUGGAAGAUUUACUGUGGCAUUUUUAUGUAUUUCGGCAUAGUGAACACCGGUUAUAGUGGAUCGUUCUUCAUCCCGACAAUCAUCCAACAGCUAGGUUACAGAGCCGAAGAGGCUCAGGUUCGCAGCAUCCCGAUAUUCGCUGUCGCAACCGUAUGUUGUAUCACAACAGCAUACCUGACUGAUCGGAUGCGCCACCGGUACACCUUCACCAUGGUCGGCGUGACAGUUGCGAGCAUUGGCUACAUCCUGCUCCUCUGCCAGCACAGCAUCUCCGUCGGCGUGCAGUACUUUGCUCUAUUCCUCAUCGUCAGCGGCGGCUACAUCACUCAGCCGGUCACCUUGACAUGGCUGCAGAAUAAUGUCAGCGGACACUAUAAGCGAUCGGUCGCCGCGGCCAUGCAGGCCGGCUUUGGAAACUGUGGGGGUAUCGUAGCAAGCAACAUCUACUUCCAAGCAGAAGCUCCUGAAUAUCGGACUGGAUAUGGUGUGAGCCUUGGGCUUGUGUGGAUAUGUGGCGCUGCGUGUACGGCUUUGUUCUUCGGCGUGCGGAGGGAAAACAAGAAGAGAGAUCGGGAUCACGAGAAAUCCGGCACACGGACGCCAGAGAAGAGAGUCCCUGGACAAUGGACACCCAGCAGCUUCCGAACCCCCAAAGCCCCUCCCUACCCAGACUGGUCCCUAGAAACGACCAAGCCCCUUCCAUACAGGGCAUUCCGCUACGGGCCAAAAUACAACGUUACCAUGGGCCUUCGCACAGUCAACUUCGACGACUGGAUCCAGCUUGAUAAUCAUUACCCUCGUUACCACGCCGACAAGGCCCGUCGGAUCGCAGAGCGAGGUGCCAAGAGCUGUCUCACCUUGCCCGAGGCCUACCCUGCCGCCGUCGAGCUGCUCGAGGAGUUGACCGAAUACCUGCCCGCACGGUACCCCACGCUCUACAAGCGGGCUGAAGUUGGCCUCGAUAACCUAUGGUCCGGCGAGAAGUUCAACAUUGUUGAGCGGCCCCUCAAGGAAGACCCCAUACAGAUGUGCGCCAGGCUCGUCCAGGAUGAUCUGGCUCUGAUGUUUGAGAAGCCAGACGGGCAGUACUACCUGCUUUCAGGUGCCAUCCUCCUGCCCGGCUUCUGGCGCCUAGAGGAUAAAGUUGGAAUGCCUCUGUCGGAGAUCCACACCUCGGGCGACGUGCCGCAGUUCAAGGAGAAGCUGGAACGCGGCAUGAUGAGCUUCUUCAGGAGAUUGAAGUGCGAGGACCUUUACGCGCGUAACAAUUAUUUCAUCCAGGUCGACGAUGACCUCGCCUGGAGCUGGAGCAUCGGGCCCGAGGACAGCCCGGCCAUCAGCUGGGACACGGCGCAGAAGGACCGGGCUGUCGAGCACCACAUGUUCCGGUCGGAGAGGCAGACGCUGAGGAGGCUACCGAAGACGGGGGCUGUGGUCUUCACAAUCAGGACUUACUUCCAUCCUGUCACCGACAUUGCGCAGGAGGACUACGUUCCCGGGAGGCUGGCGAGCGCUGUGCGCAGCUGGGGCUCGGAUGUGAGGAGAUACAAGGGCGUGGAGAAGUAUGAGACUGUGCUCCUCGAAUAUCUGGACAAGGAGCAUCAGAAACAACUUGAUCGAGGGCUGGAUAUCUCAAAAAAUGAGGAUGCCAAUCAAUAUCCUUGGUGA